GCCGUGAAACUGAUCAAUUGACCUUCUUGAACCUCUUUGACCGUUGACGUCUUUGCCGCUCAUUCUUGCGUGUUCACCAUGAAGUUCAACGUUGUCGCUCUCGCUGCCUCAGUAAUGAUGGCCGGCAGCACUUUGGCUAGCGUCAACAUUACUUUCCCCAAUUCCAAUGUCUGGUGGGUUGCCAACUCGCUCAACCUACUUCAGUGGACGUGUCAAGACCCUGCUGCUCCCAAGACAUACACCGUCGUUGUGUUUGGUCAGGGUUCCCUCGCAGGCGGUCUACCUAUCAUCUCGACUCUAGUGCCGAACUACGAUUGUAGCAUCAAUAUCCCCCCCAUCAGUGACCUCGUAGCCGGCACCGGCUACCAAGUCGCUCUUACGAACACGCUCAACCGGUCGGACAUCUUUGCCGAGAGCCAGCCAUUCGAGAUUAAGGCAGAAGGCAGCCCCUAUCCUCCGCAGCCCAGUAACACGGCUGCAACCUACACCAGCACGGCUACAUCUGCUGGAAAUGCGACAUCCACCUCGUCCCCAGCUUCGUCCACUUCAAAGGCUGGUAGCGCUCUGGCUAUCUCUCCUGCGCCCUUGAGCUUUAGUGCUGCUGUUGCACUCGUGUUUAGCACACUCUUCGCCUAAAUAGUCGAAUACCUCUCAUUACAGUCAGAGCAGAAAGGUUCUUUAUUUAUAUCAUUCCAUUGUUGCGAGUUUCAGUCCAGUUCAUCUCGAUUCUUUUGCGCUUGUCCAUUCGUUUACACACCAGUACAUACCCUUGCUCGUACUUGGGUCAAUAGUGAGCUUAUAUAUGUUUCUUACUGAGCGUAGUUUCGCAAUCACAGCGAGGA